AUGGGUAUAACAAACGCCUCGGGUGCCGUGAAGGGCAUCUUCUCGCUCCAUAUCAUCACAGCAUGCGUCUCAUUCCUACUCUUCCUCGCCGCCCUGGCACUCUUCGCUAAGCAACUACGCGGUGGUGCAUCGGGUCGAUCACGACAGGUUAUGAGAGUGUGGCAGUCGACUGGCAAGAGACACAGCGCCUUCGGCACCCAAUUCUUCGUCAUAACCGGUCUCCUCUGCCUGGCCAUCGGCUACGCCGCGCAAUCUGCCAUCGUAGCCCUGCAAUCCCGCCUCGCCAUCUCCCCCUUCUACGUCACCUCCGCCUACGCCUACCCCCGCUACCCGGGCGUCUCAACAUCAACCCCGGACCUGCGCUACGGCCGCUCCAUCUCCAUUCUGUCGUUCAUCUACCAAGCCGCCAUGAUCAUCAUGAACGCCAGCAUCGUCGGCGCAAUCUGGAUCUUCGCCAACCACGUGCACAGCAAUGCCACGCAGCUGCGUGAACCGGGUUUCCUGAGCGUCGUGUUGAAUUUGUUCUGGAUGGUUGCGAUUGGAGCGUUGGGACUGGCGAGUUGGUCGCUGGGGUUGUAUCGGAGGGGUAGUGGAAGCAGUGCGUUGCCGUAUCCCAUGCAGAUCGGGGGUGACUAUGUGAUUCGCACCCUAUACGUGGUGUACGUGUCUGUAGUCAUUGCAGCGUCGACGAGUGUGACGAUUGAGGCGAUUUUGUGCUGGUUGGGCAUUAAGAAGAAUGGGGUUCCUGGUAACAAGUUUCAGUCAUCGCUGACUCGCAUGGUUAUGCUCGUUACGCCCCUCGUCUGGCUCCGCAACGCCUUCUCCAUCGCCCAGCUCAUCAUUCUCUACCGCAACUCGCGUAGCUGGUCGCGCCGUACCACUGAAGCCCUUGCCUUCCUCUUCAUUAUCUUCGGUCAGCUCUGCGAUCUCGCUAUCCUUGCCCUUCUUCUGCUCGGUGCAAAGAGCUUUGGACGCAAAGACGAUGUCCAGUAUGUGGGCAAGGAGGUGAGAUAUAGUGAGAGUGUUGCGGGAAACAGGGAUAGCGUUAUGGGAGAUAGACACUACAUCUCCAACAAUGUUAAUACGACGACGAAUGGUGAUGGUAGGUCGACGGUUGUGGAUUCCAACGGGGUUGAGAGGAGGGAACCGGCAUAUGUGCCGCAUGUUAGUGUCUAA